AUGUAUGUAAAGCAACGGCAGAGCAACUGCAUGGCUGGAGCUGCCUCAGAUCAUGAGGAAGCAACAGAGGAAGGGAUCAAAGGUGACACUGGCCAAGGACAGGGUGACACUGGCCGAGAACAAGGCGACACUGACCGAGAACAAGGUGACACUGGCCGAGAACAAGGCGACACUGACCGAGAACAAGGUGACACUGACCGAGAACAAGGUGACACUGACCGAGAACAGGGUGACACUGACCGAGGACAGGGUGACACUGACCGAGAACAAGGUGACACUGACCGAGAACAAGGUGACACUGACCGAGAACAAGGUGACACUGACCGAGAACAAGGUGACACUGACCGAGAACAAGGUGACACUGACCGAGAACAAGGCGACACUGACCGAGGACAGGGUGACACUGACCGAGGACAAGGCGACACUGACCGAGGACAAGGCGACACUGACCGAGGACAAGGCGACACUGACCGAGGACAGGGCGACACUGACCGAGGACAGGGCGACACUGACCGAGGACAAGGCGACACUGACCGAGGACAGGGCGACACUGACCGAGGACAAGGCGACACUGACCGAGGACAGGGCGACACUGACCGAGGACAGGGCGACACUGACCGAGAACAAGGCGACACUGACCGAGGACAGGGUGACACUGACCGAGAACAAGGUGACACUGACCGAGAACAAGGCGACACUGACCGAGAACAAGGUGACACUGACCGAGGACAAGGCGACACUGACCGAGGACAGGGCGACACUGACCGAGGACAAGGCGACACUGACCGAGGACAAGGCGACACUGACCGAGGACAAGGCGACACUGACCGAGGACAGGGCGACACUGACCGAGAACAAGGUGACACUGACCGAGGACAGGGCGACACUGACCGAGGACAGGGCGACACUGACCGAGGACAGGGUGACACUGACCGAGGACAGGGUGACACUGACCGAGGACAGGGCGACACUGACCGAGGACAGGGUGACACUGACCGAGGACAGGGUGACAUUGACCGAGGACAGGGUGACACUGACCGAGGACAGGGCGACACUGACCGAGGACAGGGCGACACUGACCGAGAACAAGGCGACACUGACCGAGAACAAGGCGACACUGACCGAGAACAAGGCGACACUGACCGAGAACAAGGCGACACUGACCGAGAACAAGGCGACACUGACCGAGAACAGACACUGACCGAGAACAAGGCGACACUGACCGAGAACAAGGCGACACUGACCGAGAACAAGGCGACACUGACCGAGAACAAGGCGACACUGACCGAGAACAAGGCGACACUGACCAACAACAAGGCGACACUGACCGAGAACAAGGCGACACUGACCGAGAACAAGGCGACACUGACCGAGAACAAGGCGACACUGACCGAGAACAAGGCGACACUGACCGAGAACAAGGCGACACUGACCGACAACAAGGCGACACUGACCAACAACAAGGCGACACUGACCAACAACAAGGCGACACUGACCAACAACAAGGCGACACUGACCAACAACAAGGCGACACUGACCAACAACAAGGCGACACUGACCAACAACAAGGCGACACUGACCAACAACAAGACGACACUGACCGAGAACAAGGCGACACUGACCGAGAACAAGGCGACACUGACCGAGAACAAGGCGACACUGACCGAGAACAAGGCGACACUGACCAACAACAAGGCGACACUGACCAACAACAAGGCGACACUGACCAACAACAAGGCGACACUGACCAACAACAAGGCGACACUGACCGAGAACAAGGCGACACUGACCAACAACAAGGCGACACUGACCGAGAACAAGGCGACACUGACCAACAACAAGGCGACACUGACCAACAACAAGGCGACACUGACCAACAACAAGGCGACACUGACCAACAACAAGGCGACAGUGUUGGAUAACACUGAAGUGUGUUGA